AUGGCCGGUGGGAACAACAAGAAGCGGAAAGCGGACUCUAUGGAUGUUGCAGCUAGCGAGGCAAAGCGGGUGCAGAGAAAUGGCCGAACCGUCGAGAUCAUCCCCGAAGCUGAUGUGACAUUGAGAGUUGGGACAGGGGAAAAUGCUCUGGAUAUUAGAGCGUCUGGGCUCGUGCUGGGCCUAGCGUCGAAGACGUUCAAGGCAAUGCUGAGUUCAGGGUUCAUCGAAGGCACGACGAAGGUCAUCGAUCUCGACGAAGAGCCGCAAACAGUCUUGGACUUCUGCCAUGUCAUCCACUACAAAUACGAAUCCGUUAAAUCCAUGGGCACGGAGCGACUGUGUAAUCUCAUCGUCUUCGCGGACAUGCGACAGUGCCACGAACCACUGAAACCCUGGCUGCUCUACGUCCUGCGUGAGUAUGUGGCUUGGUUUGAACGCCUUGCUGCUGACCAGUUCGACGCCGCUCAAGGUUACCCAGAUCGAUAUCCAGGACUGCGCGUGGAGGAUUUUGUCCACAUUGCCGCCUCAUUCGGUCUUUGUGAUCUAUUUUGGCUGGCGACGAGAGCUUAUAUUGCGAUUUCCAAGCGAACCAUGAUGGCAUGUGGCCAUAGAUAUUUGGUUGACAAGCUGCCGCUUGCGUCAGGUCAUGAUGGUCUUUCCUUAUACGGUGCGUACAUACCCUGA